AUGUUAGAGGAAUAUGCACAGUCACCAAAGAUCACAAUAGAUGAGCUACCUAUAAUAAAAUUACUGUGCAAUGUGACACUGGUGGUGUUUGACUGUGACAACAUGAUUGCGGUUUGUAAUGCAGAUUCUGCAGUGUUUGCCACCAAUGUCCGCCAGCUCAAUGAGCUACUUCCCCAGAAAAUCAAACAAACCAGACAUG